GAAGGAGACUCUUGGGGCCUUGGUCUUCCCCCUCUGCGUCCCUCACAGCGCCCUAUUGACGGAGGUGUAAGAAAGCCGGCGGUGGGGGGGAAAGGAAGGAAGGAAGGAGAAGGAAAGGCAGAGACCAUAUGCUUCAAAGGACCGGGGUCCUUUCCCUCUGCGCCCCCCACAGCGCCCUCCUGAUGAAGGUGUAGGAAAGCCGGCGGUGGGAGGAAGAAAGCAAGAGGAAGACAGGCAAUCCAGGAGACGCUGGGCUCCAAGGGCCCGGACUCUGCCCCUUCGGCGCCCCCUUGAUGCCCCCCAGCGGAGCCUGGCAAGGGGGGCGUCGUUGUCCCCGAUAGCUCCUCUCUCCCCCUCGUUCUGCCCAUGGCCUCCUUCCCGGAGCCGGACUUCCAGAUCUGCCCGUUGUGCAAGGAGAUGUGCGGCUCCCCUCCGGCGCCGGCUUCCUCGUCCUCCAACUCCUCGUCUUCCUCCUCGCAGACCUCCAGCUCCUCCUCCUCCUCCUCCUCCUCGGCCUCCUCCUGCUCUUCCUCCUCGCGGCGCCUGCUGGUGCUGCCUUGCCUGCACGCCUUCUGCCGCCAGUGCCUCGAGUCCCAGCGGGCCCUGCAGAGGCAGCAGCAGCAGAAGCACCCGCCUCCGCCCUCCUCCUCGUCGGGGGAGGCCGCCCUGAAGCUGCGCUGCCCCGUCUGCGACCAGAAGGUGGUGAUCUCGGAGCCGUCGGGCAUGGACGCCCUGCCUUCCUCCAACUUCCUCCUCAGCAACUUGCUCGACGUCGUGGUCGCCGCCGCGGCCGCCGAGGAGCACCAGCAGAACAACGGGAGGCCGCCCGCCGGGGCCUCGGUCGUCGGAAGCAGCAACGCCAGCACCAACAACCGGCACCACCACCCCCCUCACCCCCGGCAGCAGCAGCCGAGCCAACCGGGAGGAGGCUCCUCGCCAGGCUCGGCGGCGCCGUCGGGGGGAAGCGGCGGCGGCGGCGGGGGCUCGCUGCUGCUCCGACGGCCCCACAGCCGCCAAGGCGAGCCCCGUUGCAGCUCCUGCGACGAAGGCAACGCGGCCAGCUCCCGCUGCCUGGACUGCCAGGAGCACCUCUGCGACAACUGCGUCCGCGCCCACCAGAGGGUCCGCCUCACCAAGGACCACUUCAUCGAGCGCUACGGGCCAGGCUCCUCGGCCGCCGCUGCCUCCUCCUCGGCCUCCUCUUCCUCCGCCGCCGCCGUCGGCUCCGCGCCUUACAACCUCCUGGCCGCCUUCCCGGACAGGGUCAGCUACUGCCAGCAGCACGACGACGAGGUGUUGCAUUUUUACUGUGACACAUGCUCUGUCCCCAUCUGCCGGGAAUGUACCAUGGAACGACAUGUGGGUCACAGCUUUAUCUACCUCCAAGAUGCUCUGCAGGACUCUAGAACUCUUACCAUUCAGCUGCUCGCGGAUGCUCAACAGGGACGACAGGCCAUUCAGCUGAGUAUCGAGCAGGCCCAAGCUAUAGCAGAACAAGUUGAGAUGAAGGCCAAGAUGGUACAAUCUGAAGUGAAGGCAGUGACAUCUAGACACAAGAAGGCUUUAGAAGAAAGAGAAUGUGAGCUGCUAUGGAAGGUGGAAAAAAUCCGCCAAGUGAAAGCAAAGUCCCUCUACCUUCAGGUUGAAAAGUUGCGUCAAAACCUCAACAAGCUAGACAACACCAUCAGUGCAGUCCAGCAGGUCCUAGAGGAGGGUCGAAGCAUGGAUAUCCUCUUGGCACGAGACCGGAUGCUUGCUCAGGUCCAGGAGCUGAAGAAUGUCAGAGGCUUCCUACAGCCUCAAGAGGAUGACAGGGUCAUGUUCACACCUCCCGAUCAGGCUUUGUAUAUGGCCAUCAAGUCCAUGGGGUUUGUCAGCAGUGGGGCUUUCGCUCCUCUGACCAAAGCCACUGGGGAAGGUCUCAAACGUGCACUUCAAGGCAAAGUAGCCUCUUUCACAGUGAUAGGCUAUGACCAUGAUGGAGAGCUGCGCCGUUCCGGGGGAGACAUGAUCUCUGCUGUAGUCAUGGGGCCAGAUGGGAAUCUCUUUGGAGCAGAUAUUGGUGACCAACAGAAUGGGACCUAUCUGGUCAAUUACAGGCCACAAAUGGAAGGGGAACACCUCAUUUCAGUCAUGAUGUGCAACCAGCAUAUAGAAAAUAGCCCAUUCAAAAUCACCGUCAAAUCAGGGCGCAGCUAUGUUGGCAUUGGACUGCCAGGGCUCUGUUUUGCUAGCGAGGGAGAUGGUGAUGGGAAGUUGUGCCGCCCCUGGGGCGUGAGUGUAGAUAAAGAAGGCUAUAUCAUUGUUGCUGAUCGCAGUAAUAACCGCAUCCAGGUCUUUAAGCCUUGUGGGGCUUUCCAUCAUAAGUUUGGCACCUUGGGCUCCAGGCCCGGCCAAUUCGAUAGGCCUGCUGGUGUUGCCUCAGACUCAUCACGGAGGAUUAUAGUGGCAGACAAGGACAAUCAUCGCAUCCAGAUCUUCACAUUCGAUGGCCAGUUCAUUCUGAAAUUUGGGGAGAAAGGAACCAAGAAUGGGCAGUUCAAUUACCCAUGGGAUGUAGCGGUAAACUCCGAGGGAAAAAUCCUGGUCUCUGACACAAGGAAUCAUCGGGUUCAGCUCUUUGGCCCUGAUGGAGUAUUCCUGAAUAAGUAUGGUUUUGAAGGAGCGCUCUGGAAGCACUUUGAUUCUCCAAGAGGUGUGACGUUUAAUCACGAAGGCCAUCUAGUCGUAACAGAUUUCAACAAUCAUCGUCUCUUGGUCAUACAUCCAGACUGUCAGUCAGCCCGCUUCCUUGGGUCUGAAGGCACAAGCAAUGGGCAGUUUCUGCGCCCGCAGGGUGUGGCAGUCGAUCAGGAAGGCCGUAUCAUUGUGGCAGAUUCCAGGAACCAUCGUGUGCAGAUAUUUGAGCCAAAUGGUAGUUUUUUAUGCAAAUUUGGCACUCAGGGAAGUGGCUUUGGUCAGAUGGACCGUCCUUCAGGUAUUACAGUCACCCCGGAUGGCAUGAUUGUUGUGGUUGACUUUGGAAACAAUCGAAUUCUCGUCUUCUAAUCUGUGUUUAUCUGUACUAGGAAAAAUCUGUCUCAGGGAAAAAAAAUCCUUUUAAGAGAACACAUACACACAUAUACAAAAUAUUACAAUGUUAGUUCAAACCUACCUCAUCUUUAAUUUUUUAUAGAUGAAUGUACUUUCCCUUUUUAUCUGCAGGGAGUGAACCUGUGGUGUUGUUAUGAACUCUUAUCUACCUCAUUAUUUUUGUGUUCUUUUACCUCCACAGUAUACAAAGCGCAGUAUAAAAUUAAGCCUCUUUUCCCUGGAUGGGACAUUAAUGCAAAAACAUGUUUCUGUGCACAUUUAGCUGGUUUGUGUGAUAAAUUCUGUAGGUUCUGCCAAAAAGGCACACUCUCAUCUUUAAAAAGAAAAAAAAUAGUAGUGUUAGUUAUUUUUA